GGUCCACCGCAGCCUGGCCAGCAGUAUAAAUUCUCGAUCGGCGAGCUGUGCGAUCGUAUCAAGGAGGACUUCAACUAUCUUCAGACCCAGUAUCACAGUAUUAAGUUGGAGCUGGAGAAACUCGCCCAGGAGAAGACGGAGAUGCAGCGCCACUACGUUAUGUAUUACGAGAUGUCUUACGGCCUGAACGUGGAAAUGCAUAAACAGACAGAGAUAGCGAAGAGAUUAAACGCCAUAAUUGCUCAGAUCCUGCCGUUUCUCUCCCAGGAACAUACACAACAAGUCGCUACUGCUGUUGAGAGAGCCAAACAAGUGACCAUGACCGAACUCAACGCUAUUAUCGGGCAACAGAGGCCAGAUCUACCGAGGCUGCUCCAACAGAUGCACGCUCAGCAGCUACCACCAGGUGCAGCGAUCGGUCCGCAUCCAGGUAUUCCAGCGCUCCCUGGACCUGGACUUCCUACCUCAGCGUCUGCAGCUCUUCUUGGAUUAGGUAUCCCCCCGGGUGCGGUUGCCACCGCUGGAGGCACGGCUGCCCAUCCGCUCCCAAUGUUGUCCAAGCCAGACCAUCAUCGGGGUCAGCCAGAUGACUUGAAGUCCAACGGUGGUCUCAACCCCGCAGAGGAGAGGCAUAGGAACUCGAUAUCGCCAGCCGAGCGCGAGAAGUACAGCAGGCCGCGGAGUACACCGGACCCCCAGCACCACGAGCACAUGCACCUGAAGAAAAUGAAGAAGGAACAAGACAAAGACAUAGGCCACCAAAGCGACGGUGAAAAGAGCGACCAGGACUUGGUCGUGGACGACGCCAGCGAGGGACCAGCGAGUCCCGCGGCGAAUGGCACAUCGUCGCCUAGGGAGAACGGUCUCGACAAACUGGGACCAUCCUCGGUGCCUUUGAGCAGCCAGGUGAAAAAAGAAGUGCCGCCACCCUCGCCGAGGAGCGGCACCAGCAGCAACGCUAGCACGCCCUCGGCCAAGAAGAUGGAAGAACGGGAGAAACCGACCACUCCGAUCUCAAAACCUGUCACACCUACGUCAGCGGGUGGUAGCAGCUCCGGCUCCGGUGGUCUGAAACCGUCGAGUUCCAGCAAACCACUGGUCUCGGCUUCGGCGGUCGGCCCUUAUCCGCCACACUAUCCGCCGCCACAUCAUCCACCCGCAGGACCUCAUGCGGACAUGUUGGGUUAUCCUCCGGCAGCCCUGAAUGGAUAUCCCACAAGACCACCUCUUCAGCAACUCUACGACCCUCACGGAACCAUGAGGGCACCGCUCGGACCUUUCGGCGUACCCGGUGGCAAACCAGCAUACAGUUUCCACGUAUCGAGCGAAGGCCAGAUGCAGCCAGUGCCCUUUCCACCUGAUGCUCUAAUUGGACAAGGAAUACCGCGUCACGCGCGUCAGAUAAAUACCCUCACGCACGGCGAGGUGGUGUGCGCCGUAACGAUCUCAAAUCCGACUAAAUACGUUUACACCGGCGGCAAAGGAUGUGUCAAGGUCUGGGACAUCAAUCAGGGCGGCAGCGGUAGCGCGAAACACGUUUCGCAACUUGAUUGCUUGCAACGAGACAACUACAUCAGGUCAGUGAAACUGUUACCGGACGGCAGAACUCUAAUAGUGGGAGGUGAGGCGAGCAAUCUCAGUAUUUGGGAUCUGGCGAGUCCGACGCCGCGGAUCAAGGCGGAACUGACGUCGAACGCUCCGGCGUGUUACGCUUUGGCCAUCUCGCCGGACUCCAAGGUCUGCUUCAGCUGCUGCAGCGACGGCAAUAUCGCUGUCUGGGACUUGCAGAAUCAGUCGUUGGUCAGACAGUUCCAGGGACAUACGGACGGUGCGUCGUGCAUCGACAUCUCCGCCGACGGUUCGAAACUCUGGACAGGCGGUCUGGACAAUACCGUGCGCUCUUGGGACCUUCGAGAGGGCAGGCAACUCCAGCAACACGAUUUCACAUCGCAGAUAUUCUCCCUAGGAUACUGCCCGACCGGCGAGUGGUUGGCGGUUGGCAUGGAGAACUCGAACGUCGAGGUUCUGCAUGCCACCAAGCCGGACAAGUAUCAGCUCCACUUGCACGAGUCCUGCGUGCUUUCGUUACGUUUCGCUACCUGCGGCAAAUGGUUCGUCUCCACUGGCAAAGACAAUUUGCUGAACGCGUGGCGCACACCUUACGGUGCCUCGAUAUUCCAGUCAAAGGAGUCCUCGUCGGUGCUGAGCUGCGACAUCUCCACCGACGACAAGUACAUCGUGACGGGAUCGGGUGACAAGAAAGCCACCGUCUACGAAGUGAUAUAUUGAACAGUCUACUCGACAAUCCUCUCGAACACUGAAUACUAUCGAACGGAUUACGCUUUUAUAGUACUCGUGCAUGGAAGAAGCAAUGAACAGGGUUCAGCUUGUGGAGGGGAAGAGGGAAGUACGUUCCGGAACCAUGCACUGAAGCUGCGUUGAACCGAGGGAUGUCGCAACCCUCUGUACCAAGAGGAGACUGUCGAUUUUUUUUUUUUGUGAAUUGAGCGAUGCGUCGGCGUGUGUUAUAUUUGUUAAAUUUGAAUCAAUUGUAGCUACUGGCGUGAAUGGACGAUUGAAGCGAAGAACUGAAGUUACGGUAUAUAGAUGUAUGUAAAUAUAUAUAAAUAUAUAUAUAUAUUUAUGUAUAUGUAUAUAUAUAUAUUUAUAUAUAUACAAAAGUGGAAGAACGUUUUAGCUAUUUAAGAUUGUAUAGAGCGCAUGGUUAUAAAUAGGCUGAAGACGAUUUCAAGUGAGACUAUGCGAGUGACGUUCUACUCGAUGAUCAUGUGGUGCCGUGGAGAUAGGUCGACUUCGAGCAAAUGAAGUCGCUUGUGUAAUAUGUUACUAAUGUAAUAUAGAGUUUUACGAUUAAGUACCAUACGCGUGACUGUGAGAGGCGCACGGUGGAUAUUGUUGCUUCGACAUUUUCACUACGCGCGAUGUCUUCGUGCUUCGCUGUCGACGACGAACGAACGAAUGCCUGAGGAAGACGUGUACGAAGAACAGAGAUCUAGCGUGUAGACCCGUCAACGUAGGAAUGUGUGUACGUGUGUUGCAGGAUUCCACGUAAUAUAUCGAACACACGAGUAGCGAAAAGAGAGCGUCUAUGGUGUAUAGCGGAUAUAGGGCUAUGAACUGAUGUAAUUUUCGAUCGUGCUAAGGAAUGCGUAAGAUAAAAACAAAGAAACGAAGCCGAGACGUUGCGUGACCUUUGGUAUUUCCAUUCGCGAAGAGUAAUUAAUGAUUUGUACUCGUACGAUAAGCCUCGGUUAGAUACUUUGUUCUUUCGUUGCUCUUCUCUCUGUGUCGCUGACUACCAACUAUGUUCGGUAACUAUGGAAAUUUUGUGAAAGGCACGGAAGGAUACAAGGCAGAACGAAAAUACGCGCUCGACCUUUUGACAUUUUCCAGAGGAAGUAUCUGCGUACGUCCACGGACAAAAGAGAUAACCGAAACUUUUUCUGUUGUACCGUAAUCGGUAUCGCCGAAGAAAAUUCCGAGUUCGCUCGCGUCGCGCGACUUCUCAGUACAUCGUGUCCUCGUUCGCGACGGAUCUCGAUAUGCUUGACUUUCGUAGAAAGAUCUUGGAGUCUUCGUAGCGUAUAUUUUCACCCCCCCCCCCCCCCAUCCGUUAAUCUUGUUACGAGGAAACGUCCGACAAUCGAGUAAUCCAAAAGGUGUCUCAUGAAAAUGCAUUUGUCUCGUUGUACCUCCGUUACAGAUCCUGCAGAUUUGAAUUUUUCGUCGUCGAACCGCGCACGAUGUAUUUUACGACGUUGUUCUGUCGCGAGAGAACGAAAGUUUCGCUCCCCACACCCACAUGUAACGGAAAUCCAGUCGUAUUCGAUGGUGAUACACGUGAAGUUAGACGGACGCCUGUAGGCGCACGGUUAUUGCCGUUCCCAGGCACCGAUCGCGUAUACACGAACGAAAAUAGAGAGGGAAACAAUGGAAAACACACGGGCUACGCUCAUAGACAUGUUCUUUGCAAGAUGUUCAACGAGAUAUUUUUGUGACUGUCCACGAUGGCUCUAGGUUGAAACCGAACGACCCGGUCGAGGGGGAUACGUUAUAAUCGUUAUUGAAUUUAUAUCAACAGGAUCAAAUUGACCGCAUUUAAGUACACAUUGACGAUUUUCUUCAUGGCUGCGAGGACGGCGUAUGAAAUUCAUAGGGUAAUAGGUAGCGCGUUAUCAUUCGGAUCUGAAUACGGUGAAAGCAGGGGAUGCAUAAUGGAGAUUUAUAUUUUGUUACAGGAUGACACACGUUUACAUUCGCUGUGAUCGUCGUAGAAUCGACGCAGUAUACUGCCGCGCGAGGAUUAACGUUUACGUGACGAUAUACGAAUUACGACGCGAUAAGAAACGGGAAGGGAAGAAACGAUAUAAACGGAACAAAAAAAAAAAAGAAGUAAAUAAAAAUGCGGAUAGAUUUUCGACGAACACAGCUCCGACGAUAGACCAAUAGAAACAACGAUACCUCAAGAAGACUCAAUAGUUAAUUAUCUCUUACGAAUUAACUUGUACAGAAUCGAUAUUCUUUUACAGUGAAUAAUACGCAUACCCACGCAAUUGCAUAGACACACGUAAAAAAAAAAACACAUACAAUACACACGUACUGACGCACUAGAAAGAACAACAGCGAAGAAUAUAAAAGACAGCGAGAUCGCGUCUCGACCACCCCGCAAUAACUCAUUAAUUGUGUCCCGCAUUCACUGAAUUGUGUCUCCGCAAUUUGCACUCCGUGUGUAAGAAAGUAAAACGAAUGCGUUUCUAGCAGAGAAAAAAAGACAGACAAGUGUUAAUCCUUUCCAAGCACAGUUCAUGUUGUUCCUAUAGCUACGCGAAAAUUGUUUCUUUCGACAAUUAAAUCAUCUAUAUCUAUA